AUGAUCGUCACCCCGGUCAUUCUGGUCUGGACGGCCUCGGGAAGGCAGGCCGCCGUCCAGCAGGUCGCCCUGCGCGGUCAGGAGAAGGCCCGCGUCGUCCGGCUGCCCCCCAGUGGCCACCCCCACGGACCCUCCCCGCUCUUGCUCUGCAACGGCACCACCUCCAGCACCAUCCGCUCCCUGACCGCCAACGUCCGCGAGACCUUCGGCUUCUUGCCUACCACGCCCGGCAUCGGCCGGGCCCGGGCCACACUGGCCCGCCCCCACUCUGGUCAGCAGCCCUCCCCUUCCCUGUCCAUCCACCAGGCCUUUGACUUUGAACACCCGUCGGCGGCCGGACUGAGAGGCAGCACUCUUGACCCGUUUUCAGAUCUCUCGGCCCUGGCUGCGAUGGACAAAAUGGGGCAGGAGGAGGAGCAGCACAACAAAGGCCGCGAAGACAUUGGCAGUCUCCCCAGCAACAACAAGAACGAGCAUGUGGGCAGGAAGAGCAGCACCAACCUGCGCAGGGCCCGCUCGACGGCCGCCUACUUGAUUGCUAGCUCCAGAUUUGGCCGCAGCAGCAUCUGCGACAGCUUCAUCAAAGACGAGGAGGUCGAGUUUCCCACCGUCCUCGGCCGCUCCGCCGCCACCCUCGCCCAACGCAUCCUCCACAACAGCACGACCAGAUGCAGGGCGCGGGCAGCGAGACUGCACAUCAUUAUGUGA